AUGCGUACCUUUGAAGGACGUCUGAUCAUCAUUAGGAAGUGGAUCACGAAUGUUAAGUUUGAGAAGGAUGUGUUGAAGACAAUCCCAAUUUGGAUGAGAAUUUAUGAUUUACCAAUACAUUUUCGUAAUGCAGUGGUGGUCUCUAAGGUAUGUUCCUCAUUUGCACAACCUAUAUACAUGGAUAAUCUAACUCUCCAUAGGGAUCAAGGGGGAUUUGUUAGGGUUAUAGUCGAAAUUGAUAUAAAAGUUGAGCUUCCUGAUAUGUUAGAGGUUGACUUCCUUAGUGAAGAUUACCAGAUGCUUAUGUUUAUGCCUACACUGAGUCGGCAAGGUAAAGUAGGUAAUGUGUCUGGUGUCUCUACCUCCAAUCCUUUUACAGUACUCAACGCUAGUGGUGAAGUUGUUAAUGACAUUGUAGCGGGUGAUGUGGUAGAUACCAAGGAGGGGGAUGAUAAUAAUGCUUUUGGUGGAGGUAUGGUUCCCUCUAUUGGUGGUAUUGUUGACACUGCUACUAUGGUGGAUAAAAUUGAGGCCAAUGAGGGGAGAUUGAAUUUUCCUUAA